CUCGCCUCCUCCGUCCAUUGCAGCUCUCGUUCCUCCUCCCCCACCAGCUCCUCCAGCUCGUCGUAGGCGUCGCCGUCGCCGCCGUUGAUCUUGCCGACCUCUGACCGCCGUUCUUUUUUGGUCUGCUCGGUUCAGAGCGCUCUCUCUGGUCUCUUCGCGCGUGCGUAUAUAUAUGCCGUGUUGGCGCCGGUCGCAUAAAUGGCGUACCCCUCGCGAUCUUGUGGUCGGUGCAGCAACGGAUAAAGUGAUUUCUGACGAGGUAGCUUGACUGACCCUGACUGCCUAGCCCCGUCAAUUGGAGUAGAGAAUAGUAAAAGGAGAUAUCACUGUUAUUAUUAGCACAACAUAGAUGGGGCCCAUGUUAUCAACCCAGGCAAUUUCAUGUGGUGUUCUGUCCCUGUGUUUCUCGUUCUUGUCCAAUGCAGAGAGGAGAUCCAGCUUCAUGAAGUGGCUCUGCACUUUCCUGAAGGGUUCAAAGCCUGGCGAGCCGAACCAGCGGCGGCCCCGGAUUACGGCCGGCGGAGAGGAGGAGGACACGCUCUGGCAACCUCCAGUCAGACCAAAGAAUGACCCACCUAGAAAUGACAAUGAAGAAUUGGACCGUGCAAUUGCAGAGUCUCUUGCAGAGGAUGUCAAACCCCCCAAAGAACGAAACCAUAAGGGAGACAGCAACGAUGAAGAUCUUGCAAGAGCCAUACAGGACAGUCUCAACAUGAAUCCUUACACGCCUUACAACCCUUAUGCCCCUUCCCAGGCCCAGCCGAGAGGACACAGGGUAUGUAGACGCUGCAAGCAUGAGAUAGGACAUGGCCAUUACUUGAGCUGCAUGGGAAUUUACUGGCACCCUCAGUGCUUCCGCUGCUGCUCCUGUGGCCACCCUAUCCGUGAGACUGAGUUCACCUUGCUAGGCACAGAUCCAUACCACAAGUUGUGCUACAAGGAGCUGCAUCACCCAAAAUGCGACGUCUGCCUUCAGUUUAUUCCAACGAACAGGAGUGGCUUGAUAGAGUACAGAGCCCACCCAUUCUGGGGUCAGAAGUACUGCCCUUUACAUGAGCAAGACAGGACGCCGCGUUGCUGUAGCUGUGAGAAAAUGGAGCCAAGGAACACAAAGUAUAUGUCACUAGGAGAUGGCCGCAGCUUGUGCAUGGAAUGCCUAGGAUCUGCAGUCAUGGACACUGGCGAGUGCCAACCCCUGUACCAUUCUAUCAGAGACUACUACGAGGGGAUGUACAUGAAACUGGACCAGCAGAUACCCAUGCUCUUGGUUGAACGGCAAGCGCUUAACGAAGCCAUGGAAGGAGAGAGCAAAGGUCCACACCAUAUGCCUGAAACAAGAGGCCUAUGUCUGUCAGAGGAGCAGACUGUGAGCAGUAUACUUAGGAGGCCCAGAAUUGGUGGAAACCGGUUACUGGACAUGAGAACUCAGCCACAAAAGCUGACAAGGAGAUGUGAAGUUACUGCGAUACUUGUCUUGUAUGGUCUCCCCAGGCUACUAACAGGCUCCAUUCUUGCCCAUGAGCUGAUGCACGGGUGGUUGCGCCUCAAAGGUUACCGAAACCUAAAUGCGGAGGUUGAAGAAGGCAUAUGCCAGGUCAUGUCUUACUUGUGGCUGGAAUCAGAGAUUCUUCCAGCUUCCUCAAGGCACGCGCCUUCAUCGUCCUAUGCCUCCUCUUCCUCUUCUUCUUAUCCACCCACAUCAUCCAAGAAAGGUGGAAUUUCUCAUACCGAGAAGAAGCUCGGAGAGUUCUUCAUGCACCAGAUUGCCAAUGACACAUCAACAGCCUACGGUGACGGUUUCAGAACUGCCUAUGCUGCUGUCAACAAGUAUGGCCUUCGCCAAACACUGAACCAUAUACGCCUGACUGGAGGCUUCCCUGUAUAAGAGAGAGAUAUACACGUUAUGUCCAUUCUACAUGCAUAGCACAAAGAUCAUAUAUCAAAGGUGAUAUAAACAUGGAGGUUAAGUGGUUUAUGGAAGAGUGAUUCAGAUUUCGGUGACCUUGAGUUUUCAAAGGGGUCAUGUGAGAGCAAAUCAGAAAAGGAACUGCAUUUGCUCGAAUUAAUAGGAAUAGGAGUUGGCGAUGCACAGUGCGGGCUUGGUGCAGCGGUAGAGCCUAUCGUCUGUAAUAGGAAGGUCCCGGGUUCGAGCCCCAGCCUCUGCACAUUUGUGUGGGUAAGGCUUGGGGCUUAAAAGACAACCCUUCCCCAAACCCCGCACAGUGCGGGAAAUCUACGGCACUGAGUACGCCCUUUUUAGGAGUUGGCGAUGCACAAGUGUAAUAAGAUUGCCCAAAAGUGCCUAUGUAAAACAGUACAUGUCAUACUAAUAUAAUGAAGUAGAUAAUUAGCA